UGCAGUUCAGGCGAUAGGAAGCCUGGAGGAAGAACCCAGUGAGUGGCUAAAAGGCAGAUCUCUAUUCUGAGUGGGUAGGUGUGUGUGUGUGGGGGGGGACUACACGGGGUUGCUCUUAAACCUCCUGACUAUGCACUUCUGAGAACUCCUUAGGGAAAGAGGCAGCAACCAGGAACAGGGGUUAACCGAAAGCCAUUUCCUCCUCCUCCUCCUCCAUCACCAUCCAAGCACCUCCCUCGAGGGAAGCAAGCGGAGCCCUCCUCCCCACGCACCCCCCAAACGCCUUCCACCAUUAAGAGGAAAACUAUGGAGGAGUUGAGUGCCGAUGAGAUCCGUCGGAGGCGCCUUGCCCGGCUCGCUGGCGGACCCUCUUCCCAGCCCACCACCCCACUUACGUCUCCUCAGAGGGAGAACCCCCCAGGGCAGCCGGUCCCAGCGUCAUCUUCAGGGGCCCCCCACAACCUUGGGCUCAAUGUUCACAGUAUGACCCCUGCUACCUCUCCAAUCGGUGCGUCAGGUGUUGCCCAUCGCAGUCAGAGCAGCGAAGGUGUGAGUUCGCUCAGCAGCUCGCCUUCCAACAGCCUCGAAACGCAGUCCCAGUCCCUCUCCCGGUCCCAGAGCAUGGAUAUCGACAGCGUCUCCUGCGAGAAAAGCUUGUCCCAGGUCGAUGUGGAUUCGGGGAUCGAAAACAUGGAAGUGGAUGAGAGCGACCGGAGGGAGAAACGGAGCCUCUCGGAUAAGGAGCCUCCCUCAGGAUUGGAAAUCUCGGAGGAACAAGCCUUACAGCUGGUUUGUAAGAUUUUCCGGGUCUCUUGGAAAGACCGCGAUAGAGACGUCAUCUUCCUGACUUCCCUUUCGGAACAGUUCAAGCAAAACCCUAAAGACGUGUUCUCGGAUUUUAAAGACUUGAUCGGGCAAGUGCUGAUGGAGGUCCUAAUGAUGUCUACCCACUCGCGAGAAGAAAACCCCUUUGCCAGUUUGACCGCCACGUCACAGCCCAUUGCGGCCGCCGCCCGCUCGCCGGAUAGAAAUUUAGUCCUGAAUACCGGCUCCAACCCGGGAACCAGCCCCGUGUUUUGCAACGUGGGCUCGUUUGGCUCCAGCUCUUUAUCAAGUCUCUAUGGAAGCAGCCCCAUUCCCAUUUUCAACAUCGCAAGCCGCCCUCCAUUGGCUGGCUCCUUUCUCCCUUCUUCCCCCAACCCCGUGGCUCCCCUCCCCGCGUCUUCCCUGUCUGUCAGCCCCCACCUCCUGCCAGCAGGGCCGCUCAGUGUCCAGCCCUCGUCCCCACGGUACCGUCCGUACACAGUGGCACACCCCUGGACCUUGGCCGCUCCUCCUGCCGCAGCCUCAGCAGGAACCUCCGGUCUUUCAGCCUCUUCGACUCCUCCGGGCAUAAGCCCACCAGCUGCACAGGUCUCUUCGUCCAGGGGUAGACCCGUAGCCACCGCCCUGCCUCUGUUCUCCACAUUGGGCAGCAGCCGUACCUCUUCCCCAGGCAGGAUGCCCUCUAGUCUGUACGACAGCCCUUUCUCCCUCUUCCUUGCCAUUUCUGAUGUCUCUGGAGACAGUUCUGAGGAAGAAAAUGAGGAAGAGGAGGAGGAUUUUUCUUGUGUGCCAUUUGGGUCCAGUGGCGGAGGCUCCGGGGGGGCCAGCAUUUCCGACUCGUGCAGCGACCACUUCGCCAUUGAGACGUGCAAGGAGACGGAGAUGCUAAACUACCUCAUUGAGUGCUUCGACCGAGUGGGGAUUGAGGAAAGGAAAGCGCCAAAGAUGUGCAGCCAGCCGGUGGUGAGCCAGCUUCUGAGCAACAUCCGAUCCCAGUGCAUUUCUCACGCGGCUUUGGUGCUCCAAGGAUCCCUAACGCAGCUGAGGUCCAACCAACAGCAGUCGUUGUUAGUCCCGUAUAUGCUCUGUAGGAAUCUCCCCUUCGGUUUCAUCCAGGAAUUGGUGAGGACGACUCACCAAGAUGAAGAAGUCUUCAAACAGAUCUUUAUACCUAUUUUACAAGGGCUGGCUCUUGCUUCUAAAGAAUGCUCCUUUGAUAGCGACAACUUUAAAUACCCCCUUAUGGCUUUAGGGGAACUCUGCGAGAUCAAGUUUGGGAAAUCGCAUCCUGUCUGCAGUUUGGUGGUCUCUUUGCCUUUGUGGUUGCCAAAAUCUCUAAGCCCCGGGAUGGGCCGAGAGCUCCAGAGACUCUCUUACCUUGGGGUAUUCUUCGGCCUCUCCGUCUUCGCUGAGGAUGACCCUAGAGUUGUCGAAAAAUAUUUCUCUGGGCCUACCAUUACUUUGGAAAACACGCGGGUCGUUAGCCAGUCAUUGCAACAUUACCUGGAAUCUGCCAGGCAAGAGUUAUUCAAGAUCCUGCACAGUAUUCUGCUCAACGGAGAGACGCGGGAAGCUGCUCUCAGCUAUAUGGCAGCCGUGGUCAACGCCAAUGUUAAAAAGGCACAAAUGCAGGCGGACGAUCGGCUGGUGUCUACGGAUGGCUUCAUGCUGAACUUCCUGUGGGUGCUGCAGCAGCUGAGCACAAAAAUCAAACUCGAGACGGUCGAUCCGUCCUACAUCUUCCACCCUCGGUGUCGAAUCGUGGUGCCCGCGGACGAAACGCGCGUCAAAGCCACCUUGGAGGAUGUCAGCAGCUGGAUGGUUGAGCUGUCCAGGGAUCAGUCUCUCUUCUCUGAGCCAAAAUUCCCAACGGAAUGUUUCUUCCUGACCCUCCACGCUCACCACCUCUCCAUCUUACCGAGUUGCCGUCGAUACAUCCGUCGACUCAGAGCCAUCCGGGAGCUAAACAGGACCGUGGAGGAUUUGAAGAAUAACGAAAGUCAGUGGAAGGAUUCUCCCCUAGCUACCAGGCAUCGAGAGAUGUUGAAGCGAUGCAAAACCCAACUCAAGAAAUUGGUGCGAUGCAAAGCUUGCGCAGACGCCGGCCUGUUAGACGAGAAUUUCCUCCGGAGGUGCCUCAACUUUUACAGCGUGGUGAUCCAGCUCUUGCUACGGAUUCUUGAUCCUGCCUACCCUAACAUAAAACUGCCUUUAAACCCAGAUGUCCCGAAAGUCUUUGCAGCGAUGCCUGAGUUUUACGUGGAAGAUAUUGCGGAAUUUUUGUUUUUUAUUGUACAAUACUCGCCUCAGGUACUCUACGAGCCUUGCACUCAGGAGCUGGUGACCUUCCUUGUGGUCAUGCUCUGCAACCAGGACUACAUCCGGAACCCUUACUUGGUGGCUAAGCUGGUGGAGGUGAUGUUCAUGACCAACCCAGCCGUCCAACCCAGGACCCAGAAGUUCUUCGAAAUGAUCGAAAACCAUCCGCUCUCCGUCAAGUUGCUGGUUCCUUCCCUGAUGAAGUUUUACACAGACGUGGAGCACACCGGGGCCACCAGCGAAUUCUACGACAAAUUUACAAUCCGCUAUCACAUCAGCACCAUCUUCAAAAGCUUGUGGCAGAACAUCGCUCACCACGGGACCUUCAUGGAAGAGUUCAACUCCGGCAAGCAGUUUGUUCGCUAUAUCAAUAUGCUGAUCAACGACACGACGUUCCUACUGGAUGAGAGUUUAGAGUCCCUCAAGCGCAUCCAUGAAGUGCAGGAAGAGAUGAAAAACAAGGAGCAGUGGGAUCUUCUCCCCAGGGAUCAGCAACAGGCACGGCAGUCUCAGCUGGCCCAGGACGAGCGGGUCUCGCGCUCCUAUCUGGCCCUGGCCACAGAAACGGUUGACAUGUUUCAUAUCCUCACCAAGCAAGUCCAGAAACCUUUCCUCAGGCCUGAGCUUGGGCCACGGCUGGCUGCGAUGCUGAACUUCAACCUUCAGCAGCUGUGCGGUCCCAAAUGCCGCGAUCUGAAAGUCGAAAACCCCGAGAAGUACGGCUUUGAACCAAAGAAGCUUCUGGAUCAACUGACGGAUAUCUACUUGCAGCUGGAUUGCGCCCGUUUUGCAAAAGCAAUCGCGGACGACCAGAGGUCUUACAGCAAGGAGCUAUUUGAGGAGGUGAUUUCGAAGAUGAGGAAAGCCGGCAUCAAGUCGACCAUAGCGAUAGAAAAAUUCAAGCUGCUCGCGGAGAAAGUGGACGAAAUCGUUGCCAAGAACGCCCGCGCCGAAAUAGACUACAGUGAUGCUCCAGAUGAAUUCCGAGAUCCACUCAUGGAUACCUUAAUGAGUGACCCGGUCCGGUUGCCAUCGGGCACCAUCAUGGAUCGCUCCGUCAUUUUGCGGCACCUCCUCAACUCCUCCACGGAUCCCUUCAAUCGCCAGACACUAACCGAAAAUAUGCUGGAGCCAGUGCCUGAGCUGAAAGAGCAAAUCCAAGCUUGGAUGAGGGACAAGCAGCACCCGGAUCACUGAGGUCACCCCGCUGGCAGCGCACGCCGAGGUCAACUGCGGAGAGCAAGGCAGCAGAUCGAGGCGAGGGUUAAUGCCAAAACCGUGGGGAGUUGAAGCCGAGUUUGGGGCAACCCGCAGUGCCUGCUGCUGCCGCCACCACAAAGGACCGUGGGACCUCCUGGGCGAGGCGAAGGGGAAAGAGGCACCACACCGCCAAACGCAGCUUAACUCUCUUGUACAUAACUUUUAAGCGACACAUCGGCAGUCGAUAGCAUUGUGGGUGGGAUUCAGUUAGCAAGUUCCUUUUCUUUCUUUCUUUUUUUUUUUUUUG